AUGGCUCCAACGUAUACGUGGCGAGCAUUUGAGAGUCAUAAAUGGGUAUAUGAUCCAACGAAACUCACUUACGAAACGACUAAAGAGACGUUGACUGCAAUGGCGAAUACCUUUUGGAUUAAUAUCAUGGCGGCCUAUGCACGACCUAAGGCGAAGCCUCUUUCCAUCAGCGUUUGGAGCGAAAAGAAAAAGAGUCUCCGGUUUUCGGUUCCAAAACAACAGCUUAUGGAAUCUCCUCGAGUUUCGGCUUCUUUGGAAGAACUCUUUGGUUGUACGAUCGUUCGAUCAGAGGACUUCGAUUACUACGCUGAGGGAACGACGCACACAUUUCGCAAAGUGCUGAUCAGGUUGAAUAAAUCAAGUCAACUCGUGGUCAUCGAGCACGUGAACGACACCAAUGACAUCGGAAGCGGUGAAAAUCAAAUCAACAAUGACGACAUUUCCAAUUUUGUUUACGAAAUCGAAUGCGACUUAUUACCUAAAAUCCGUCGUUGCCUCAAAAGAAAGGAAAUCGAAGCUAUAGAAUUCAAUAUUUGGAAUGGUAUCGUCGGUGACACGGCCAAAAGCAUCACUCGCAAUAGAGCACGACGCCAAGCUGGAUACACUAUAAGCUGGCAGAAUGUAAUUGCUCCUGUUUUGAAUUUGGUUUUGCAUAAAAUUAAUCCUUUGAAUUUUGAAUGUUUCUCC